GCACAACUACAGCCAUUCGUUCAACUUCCAGUUCUGUCUACUAUUACACUACAAACAUGUCGCUUCUUCACAGUCGUCCUGUCAUAGUCCAACGUGUUUACUACAAGCCUUCUACAAUGGCUCGUCUCAAGGCCUUGUUCUCCUCUAGGCAUCAUCGUGACCCACGUAUCCCUGUUGCUACUACUACUGCAACGCCUCGUAGAACGCACAGAAAAAAGAUCGCCACACGUCAGCCCAAAGUUCGUAAGCCGAGCCUUUUCCAUCGCCCACGUCGUACACUCGUUGUAACUCAGCGAAAGCCAGGCUUCUUGGCCUCCCUUCGGCCUCGACGUCAUCUCAGGAGAACAGCUCCAGCCCCAGCUCCAGUUCCAAUCACUCACGGUCGCCAUCAUAAGCGCCAUGGCCAUCACAGGGGCUCAACCAUGGCAGCUCUUCUCGCUGCCCUUUCUCAGAAAAAGAAGCAUGGUCAUCAGAGACAUUAUGUCCGCCCAACACCACGUCGUCGCCUCUAAAUUAAAGACAUAUGAGAGUGCAAACAUGGAGGCGUGUUCUAAUCAUUUGUAUCAUAGCUCAUUUCGACAUUUUCGUUCCUUGUACUUUUACUACAUCAACAAUAAAGC